CCUGGCGGAGUUAGAUGAAGGCGGAUAAAAGCUGCAGAGAGAGUGACUGAGGGAGAGAGAGAGCGUGAGGGUAAUAGUUUGCCGCCAUAACUGUUAGUUACCAUCGGGGCUUUGCUACCGAAAGGGAUACUUUGAGUGAGAGUGAAGAAUAACCCGGGGAAGAACUUGAGGAAGUUGCACAUCUGCCGAGAAACAGUAAUUCGACGGGAAAUUUUAGUAUAAUUGAACUUCAACUCUAACACGUCAACACCACCAGUUUCUAAAGGGGUUUCAAGAAGACACCUGUAGAUACUUUUUAAAGUAAAACCUGGUCAGAAUUGAUAUUUGAGCCAGUGGGAGUCUAACGUGGAGCUUUUGGCACGGAGACUCAUGGAAGAAUGUGCUUCAACACUGAAGGUUAACCUGCAAGAAUAAAAGCAAUGUGAGAAAAUACAGCUAAACCUUCCAUCACCAGGUGGCAUUUCCCAAUCUGAACGCACUGGGACAAGCAAAUUUGGAAGACGGCAUUGAGGAGGGGUGGGGGGGGAGAUUGGGUUGUUUACGUAUUAUCCUGGACGUUUAAAUAUGGGCCAGAGAGUUACUGUUGGACUGAAGACUGUGGAUGUGAGAGAUCCUUCUUACAGGUCUCUGCGUCAUGCACAGCAAGGGCUUGACUAUUGCAAACCUGCUCGUCUGGACAUGCUCCUGGACAUGCCACCUGCUACCUGUGAGGUCCAGCUAUUGCACUCUUGGAACAACGACGAUCGAUCGCUAAAUGUGUUUGUGAAAGAAGACGACAAAUUAAUAUUUCAUCGCCAUCCGGUAGCUCAGAGUACUGACGCCAUUAGGGGCAAAGUGGGAUAUACCAGAGGACUACAUGUCUGGGAAAUUACUUGGGCAAUGAGACAACGGGGAACACAUGCAGUGGUUGGUGUCGCAACAAUAGAUGCUCCUUUGCACUCUGUAGGUUACACGGCACUUGUUGGUAGUAACUGUGAAUCCUGGGGCUGGGACCUCGGGCGAAAUAAACUUUAUUUUGACGGCAAGAAUCAACCAAGCCAGACUUAUCCAGCUUUCUUGGAGCCCCAUGAAACCUUUAUAGUACCAGAUGUAUUCCUGGUGGUUUUGGACAUGGACGAAGGAACGCUAAGCUAUAUUGUGGAUGGACAUUAUCUGGGCAUUGCAUGUAGAGGACUUAAAGGGAAAAAACUUUAUCCAGUUGUAAGUGCUGUUUGGGGUCACUGUGAGAUCCGAAUGCGCUACAUUAAUGGACUGGACCCUGAACCACUGCCAUUGAUGGAUCUCUGUCGGCGUUCAGUACGGGUUGCUUUAGGCAAGGAUCGCUUACAUGAAAUCCACUCGCUACCACUACCAGCCUCCCUGAAGAAUUACCUUCUGUACCAGUGAUGGACGAAACAAUGGACUUGAACCCUAACAGACACUGUACACGGGCAAUUAUUUCAGCUUAACCUUCAUCCACUGUGUGGUGGGCAUUAUUUUCAAACUCUGAUCACUUUUCCCCAAAGCUCAGCAGCUCCACAAACAUUCGAUUUUUUUACAGUAUGGAGUUCUUGCAUAUUGGGGAUGUGAAUAUUUUAAGUGUACAUCAAUACAGAUAUUUCCAUUAAUCCUUUCUGCAAUCAAAAUACAUAUCUAACUCCUCUGAUUUUGGGAACUUGCUUGUUUGAUUUCAAAGGCAAUUUUCUUUUUUUAGAAAUUCCAUUUUUUUUUUGCCCCGUUUCUCCGUUCCCUGUUUUUAUUUUUGCAACAUCUUGCUACUUCCAUUUGCAAAUAGUGCUGAGCAUGCAAUAUAAUCUUUAAUAGCUGCUAUGAUGGCCUUAGGUGGGAAACUGAAUCAGGAAUGGAGGAGAGCAGGAAUUGAUAAAAUUUGCAUCAAGUGAUUUGAGUACUGGGAAUGUUUUGAAGAUCUAAUGUGAUUUCCAGUUUAGUCCUGGAAAGAUCCAAAGGAGUUUCAUUAUCAACGAUUUUCUUGCCUCCAUGGUUUGUUUUUUUUAGUAGAAAACCAAACCAAACUUGUUUUUAAAAAUAACCUCACCUUCACUUUUGUUGGUCCAAUCUCAUUGAGGAGGUUUUUUAAUUGACUUGUACUCUCUCUUUGGUGACUGAAAUGCACGAUGAUGCCUUCAUUGUGAAUGAAAGGAUGGCUGUCUCUCUCAAGCCAAACUUUUUUUUUUAAUUUUUUUGGUAAAGGAAUGCAGACUCUUACUAGCAGGUCUGGUAGAAAAAUCCUAUCAUGACUUCAAAAGUAACUGUAUAAGUGACUUAGUUUUGAGGACUUCACCUAGCAUGUCCUAAUGUGAUGCAGCAUCUAUUGGUUUCAAUGUGCAAUAUGUGAAUGGAAUGGUUGUUUUAAAGCUAUCUUGAAAUAAAAUGUAACUUUUCA